AUGUCUUCUUCAGUUCCUGAACUUCUUUCAUUCCUAAUCUUGGCUUGCUUUUUAUCAGUGCUAGAUAUUAUCAAACGAUUACUUUCAAUCAUGACAUCUACUAAAACUACUACUACUCAUAAACAACAACAGAGUUUUGAAAACGGUAUGUGUGACCAUCAACAACCAGUUGAAGGAUCAUCAAAACAGCACCAGAGUCAAAAUGCUCAACCAGAACCACAACAACAGCCUGGAGAUAGAGAUGCAGCAGGGGUGACUAAAGAUUCAAAAGGUUCAUUACCGGGUUUAUUGACUCCAAAACACUUGAAAUCAUAUCCAGUUGUUGCUUCCAGUGAAUCAGUUAUCAAAAUGAUUCCAUUAGGUGGAUAUGUCACCAAUGCCACCAAAUCGACAUUCACCUUUAUUCGUAAAUUUCAACCAAUUAAAUAUCUAGUUGAGACCAGUGACGUUUAUUCUGAUUUACUUUUAUCUAAAUUGGAUUAUCUAGUACCUAGUUUACAAACGGUUGAAGUACAAGAUUUAACAAACCCCAUAACAACGCCAGUACUUGUUGCUGUUGAUACUAUGAAUUACAAAAUUUCCGCCAUAAACGAAACCGUCUCCAAACGGAUUAUUGAACCAGUAAAUAAGACUAUCGUUGAACCUACAAAGGAUAAGAUUUCGAAUGUGUCCCAAGAAUUGCAUAACAAGACUCAUGAUGAAAAUGGGAAAAACAUCUUCAUUAAGCCUGUUGAUCCUGUUGUUGCUCCAUUUAAUGAAUCAUUGGAACAAUUUGUUGACAAUCAUUUCCCAAAUCAUAAGAAACUAGGAGGAGAUGACGAUGAUAAGGAUGCAACUGUUCCAAUUGGUGCUGGUGGAAGUGAGAUUGCAAGAACAUUCAAGAUUGUGGGAUCAAUCAUGACGAAAGAGAGUGGAUCUAAAGGAGAUGGAAGGUCUAGUACUAUUGUCAAUGCUAAUGGAACUACGUCUCAAGGUGUCAAGGUUGAAAAAGAAGUGAAAAAGACCUCGUGCUUUUUUAGAUGA